AUGGCCAGAAACUCUUCAUGGAGUCGAUUUUUUGCUCAUAAUAGACGAAAAUAUGCAAAACUCGGGGCAAGAAAUCUAGCCGAUCUUCAGAGAAUGCCGCAACAACUCUCUCGUCGUCUGGAAAAAUCGUUUGUCGUGAAACGUACUGAUCGUCCGUUUUCCAGUAUUCCGGUUGAUCAAGCGUUAGAAUCUAGUAUCAAUCGAUUAGGUAAAGGCAGGAACGGCGUGUCUGAGAAAUUCAGUAAUCAGGGAAUAGAGAGUUUUUGUCAAACGCUAAUAUUCCGGACAAUGAUCUAUUCCGCCAUUAAUGACAUCGUCGAAAUCGAGACCAAUGACAACGACAGUCACAUCGAAUGUCAACAAAAUAGACUGGAACUAGAUAUGCGUGAUUUACAAGUAAUAGUGACAAAGUUAAAUGAAGAAAAACUAUUUCGCGAUGAUAAACAAAAUUUAACUGAAUUGUUUUCUGGGAAGAUAAUUCAUGAGGCAAUUGUAGAUGAUAUUUGCUCAAGUUUCGAUCGUGGCGAGCUGGAACUGAAAAAAUUCAUUAAAGAGCAAUUAAUUGACAGAACAGUUGAUAUCGAUCCCAAAAUGCAAACGAUGAAAACGUUGAAAUUGAUUGAUACAGACACUUACGGACUCAACAAACCAAAAGCACAGAAAAAAGUAGGUGUUCACUAA